UUCACUAUGUGUUUUCAAAUCUCUACUAUUACUAACAUACGUAAAUCAAACGUCACACGUCAGAGGCGGUGCAAUCCUAACAAUCUCCGUACCCUUCCGGUGUCUUCUAAUACUUUAUUCUCUUUUCCUAUUGGUCUCUGGAACUGCCAGUCCGCUGUUAACAAAGCUGAUUUCAUUACAUCUUUUUCAAGUCAUUCAGGUCUCAGUCUAUUGGCCCUGACUGAGACCUGGAUCAGACCAGAGGACACUGUCACACCUGCUGCCCUCUCCACUAACUUCACUUUCUCACACACCCCCUGUCUGACCGGAAGGGGUGGUGGUACUGGUCUGCUCAUCUCAAAUGACUGGAAAUUUGAUCCUUUACCACCUCUAUUUGACAACAGCUCAUUUGAAUCACAUUCAAUUACCAUCACUAGCCCUAUAAAAAUCCAUUUUGUAGUUGUAUAUCGUCCCCCAGGUCAACUUGGCAGUUUAUUGGAGGAGCUUGAUGUGCUACUCUCAUCCUUCCCUGAAGAUGGUACUCCUCUUGUAAUUCUUGGAGACUUCAACAUCCACCUAGAAAAACCUCAGGCUGCCGAUUUCCACACCCUGCUUGCAUCAUUCGACCUCAAACGAGUAUCUUCUGUGGCAACUCACAAAUCAGGUAACCAAUUGGACCUUUUCUACACACGCUACUGCUCUACGGACAAUACACUGGUCACUCCACUGCACACCUCAGAUCACUUCCUCCUCACUCUCAACCUGCCUCAGAACACAACACACACUCCUCCACAGGUCACCUUUCGACGGAACCUACGCUCACUUUCACCCUCUCACCUAUCCUCUUUGGGUGUCAUGGAGAGGUGUGGCAUCUAAGACCCAACAUCUACCUACUGGGGUGCCUCAGGGCUCAGUGCUUGGACCACUCCUCUUCUCCAUCUACAUGACAUCACUAGGAUCUGUGAUUCAGAAACAUGGCUUUUCCUAUCAUUGCUACGCUGAUGACACGCAACUCUACCUCUCAUUCCAGCCUGACGAUCCGACGGUAGCUGCUCGUAUCUCAGCCUGCCUGACAGACAUUUCUGGCUGGAUGAAGGACCACCACCUUCAACUAAACCUUGCGAAGACAGAGCUACUUGUGGUCCCGGCCAACCCAACACUUCAUCACAACUUCUCCAUUCAGCUAGGCUCGUCAUCCAUAACUCCAUCAAGGUCAGCUAUGAACCUUGGGGUUGUAAUUGAUGAUCAGUUGAAAUUCACAGACCACAUUGCUAGAACUGCCCGGUCCUGCAGAUUUGCCUUGCACAACAUUAGGAGGAUCAGGCCCUUCCUUACA